ACCGCUUGGGUUACCAGGGCGGCGGCACGGGUGGUUGCGGCCCCGGCCUCCAACUGGCCGCGGCCAACAGCCGCCGCCGCGCCCAUAGGCCGCCGCCUAUAUAGGGAGCGGCGGGUGGCAGCAGCGAGCGGCUCUGCGUUGGGAGGGGGUAGCGUAGCUGAAUCCAUCGCCACGUCCGAGGCAGGUGCGGGGCUCCGUAGGCAGGUGCCGAAGUCGCGGUGAUGCGCCGCACGGGGGAGAUGAGCCAAGCGGGGCGGAGGGAGCCUCUCCCCGCUGCGCCCCGAGGCGGGCGGACCGUGCUGGGGGUACUGGUGGAGAACGGGCAGCAGCGGCCCAGCGCCCAGAAUACUGCUAUUACCAGACACUUAUCUGGCUCUGAGAAUGCCUUCCCUCCAGCUGGAAAAGAUGAAAUAUCCAACUGUGUGGUCAGUACUACAUCAAAACAGGACUUUGCUAUUUACACUGAUGAACCAGAAGAGAAAGAAAACUUCAGCUGCCAAGAGGAUGAAGAACUGGAGUCAAGCCUGUGUGAACUGGAUACUAGUGCAAUGACAUCCAGCAUUCACCUACUGUUGGAUCUGAGUACAGCAUCUCCCAUGCUUGUGGACACAUCCUUCCGGUCCCGGCCUGAGGAUCAGAUGGGAGAUCCUAUAACUCUAAUGACUGUGGGAGAGUAUGCAGAAGACAUUCAUCAGUACCUCAGAGAAGCUGAAGUGAAAUACAGGCCCAAGCCCUACUACAUGAGGAAGCAACCAGAUAUCACAACAGAAAUGCGUGCCAUCUUAGUAGACUGGCUGGUGGAAGUAGGGGAAGAAUAUAAACUUCGAACAGAGACACUGUACUUGGCAGUGAACUACCUGGACAGGUUUCUCUCUUGUAUGUCUGUUCUCAGAGGGAAGCUGCAGCUUGUAGGAACAGCGGCAAUUCUUCUGGCAGCGAAAUAUGAAGAAAUCUACCCUCCAGAAGUGGAUGAAUUUGUGUAUAUAACAGAUGAUACAUAUACAAAGAGGCAGCUGCUAAGAAUGGAACACCUGCUUCUCAAGGUUUUGGCUUUUGAUCUCACAGUGCCAACCAUCAACCAGUUCCUACUUCAGUAUAUUCACAAGCAUGGAGUCUGUUUCAGGACAGAGAAUUUUGCAAGGUAUCUUGCAGAGCUGAGUCUCCUUGAAGCCGAUCCUUUUCUGAAGUACCUUCCUUCACAAACUGCUGCAGCAGCCUACUGUCUAGCAAACUAUACAGUGAACAAAUCAUUCUGGCCAGAAACACUUGCUUCAUUCACUGGAUAUUCAUUAAGUGAGAUUGUGCCUUGCCUGACUGACCUGCAUAAGACAUGCCUUGAUGCUCCGCAUUGCCAACUGCAAGCAAUUAAGGAGAAAUAUAAACAUCCUAAGUACCUGCAGGUAUCUCUUCUGGAGCCCCCAGCAGUUCUUCCUCUACGCUAGAGAUGGUGGAUCCUGGACUUAGGUUUAUUUUGUCUCAAUGAACAAAGCUGGUCUAACAUCUCAUAGAGCACUGCUGGUCAUGCGUCUGUGAUCAGAAGUAUUUUUAGCUAGUAUUUUUUAAUUAGAUGUCUUUUUAAAAAAGUAUAUUAGAACAUAGCUCUUAAUAUAAUUGACAGCACUUUUAAUAAAUGUCUUAUUACACUUCCUCUGAA